CGUUGCUAGUGUCAGGUGUAGAAGCGGAAUGCCGCGAUCUGUGGCGAUCACGUGAUACAAACAAUAACAAACGGACGCCAUGAACCUGACAUAAUGUCACCAACGAGCGCUAUCCUUACUAGAAUAUUGUGAGAAAAUGAUCGGGCUCCUUUUUUCUGAUCGCAAAUAAAGCCAAGAAGCCUAUGUCAAUAAUUCUCCUCAUAUAUAAGCUCCGUGGUCGAUCGGUUGAUUUUUCAUAUGUUGAAAAAUGAGUGUACUAAAAAUUCAAGAGAGAGCAGCAGUGUAUGUUUUGACAGCUGGCUUGAUUGGCACCACCUGUCUCUCUGGGCGACUGGUGACAACCUGACUGACGUGCGUGUCACGAAUUUCCCGGCGGGAACUGCGACCAAUGACUAGCAGGCUAUGUUUAUACUUACAUAUUUGAUGAUAUUUGUGAUCUUAUUUUACGUUAAAACCAUCGGAUUGAAUGACAUUGACAAAAGUGAUGACAACGAUCCUGGAUGGGGUUUAUUUCUCUCAGUUUCACAAGGAAAUGACGAGUAUCCAAGCUACAACAUUGGGCAUUGGACCCAGCAGCUGCAUCUCCAACAGUGUGUGUUCGUUGAAAUUGGUGAAGAAUUUUGUGCCUUAUUCAUCGAACUUCGGAAUAUUCCAAGGAAGUCAAAAUUUGCUGACAGUUCUGAAGUCGGCGAGUUUUUUCUCGGUCUAUGUAAAUGUGCCACUGUUCCUUCUUGGAUUUUGUGUUCUGAUGAGCUGAUGCGACGGAAAAAGUCUGACUGUAUCUUCACGGAAGCUAUACCAUCGGCUAAUACCAGCGCACGUGUUCACAAAAGAUUAUGUGACGUAACACUGCUUACUGAAUAUGCCAAACCCUGCAAUUGCUCCAUACCAGUGGCCAAUCAACAACUUUAUCCGACUGAAGGCUUUCCAACUUGUUUCCGUACACCCCUACCAGAAUCUCUUUGUUCACCACGAGGAGUAUGCGGAGUGGCUGAAUGUAGUGCUACGACAAUUAAAGGAAUUCAUUCUCCGCAAUGCGAUCCGGAAUGUCAUGAAAAACAGCCGUUUUGCGAAGAGUUUGGCCCAUGGACCUCGAUUCCCCCCGAAAUAACGUCUCUUUGGUCCCACUGGUCUACUCCAAUUUGUGAAAAUAGUGAUGGUAGAAUUUUCGCAACAGCGACCGCGAUAUGCCGUAAUCAGCUAACGGGUAAAUCAGCCAUUGACUGUAUUGGGCCGGGUUCAUUUUGCUGCCCGGCAGACACUAAGAGGUGUACUUGCAUUGUUCGGAAUGAAGAUGGCAUCUUGAAAGCUACUCGCGUAAUUGAAUCUGCACCUUGCCUAAUUAAUCUGAAGAAAGACAGUGCUAGGUCUUCUAGUAAAACUCGUUCACGACAUCAAAAAAAUCACCAAUCAAAAUAUCGAUCCGAUCACUUGUAUCAGGAAAAUCUGGGGCGACGUGUUAGAUAUCUGUCUGAUAUCGAAUCUGAGAAUCCCAGAAGCCCUUUGCGUAGGCGUUUGAUGUUUUCAAGCUACGAUUAUUUGGAAGAACACAGUCCAACUCCAGACACAAAUGCAGAGCUUGCAUCUCCGGAAGCUCAAAUUGUUGCUGAAAGUGAUAACGAUAAUGCUGAUAAUGACGUCAAUGAUGAUACUGCAGAUAAUUCCGAAAAUGACGAUAAUUACGAUACUGCCGACAAUGACGAUAAUGAUGAUAGUGACAAUAAUGAGAAUGAUGAUAAUGAUGAUAAUGAUGAUAAUGAUGAUUAUACUGAUGAUGCCGAUAAUUAUGAUACUGGCGAUAACAAUGAAGACGAUGAUCAAGAAGACGAGACUGACGACCCGAACGAGGAUGAUGAUGGUGAAUUGAACAGAGACGAGGAUGAUGAUUCAGACGACACGGAGGCCCAGGAGUUUGGUGACUAUGACGAUGAUUCACCCGACGAUGGACAAGAUCGAGGUCGCGGUGACGGUGAUAACGAUUUGGAGAUUUCAAGCUUAGCGGUAACUGGACGAAUUUUACCACACUGUCUGUAUUAUUUUCUGUUAACUUACAUCUGUAUUGCUCCAGUUUACUUAAUCUGAGUUAUGCAGCUUACUUUGUACAUAAUAAACGCAUUAAGUGUGAGCCGACGGAUUCUACGAUCAAUAUCUUCUUUGUGUUGUUCGUAAAAGCUGCAUAAACUUGAGUUUCAUAACGUAGCGUCGGCCCUCGGGUGU